CCUUUCCCUUAGUGCUUCUUUAAAGUGCCCGGCUCAACUGUUCUGAAGCCAGGCUAGAAGACCUGCACCUGCAGCACCUGCACCAUGCCUAUGACACUGGGUUACUGGAAUGUCCGCGGACUGACUCACCCCAUCCGCCUGCUCCUGGAGUACACAGACUCAAGCUAUGAGGAGAAGAGAUACAUCAUGGGGGAUGCCCCCAACUUUGACAGAAGCCAAUGGCUGAGUGAGAAAUUCAAUCUGGGCCUGGACAUUCCCAACCUGCCCUACUUAAUUGAUGGAUCACACAAGAUCACUCAGAGCAACGCCAUUCUGCGCUACCUUGGCCGCAAAUAUAACCUCUGUGGAGAGACAGAGGAGGAGAGGAUUCGUGUGGACACUUUGGAGAAUCAGGUUAUGGACACUCGCAUACAACUCAUGAUAGUCUGCUGCAGUCCUGACUUUGAGAAGCAGAAGCCAGAGUUCUUGAAGGCCAUCCCUGAUAAGAUGAAAAUCUACUCUGAGUUCCUGGGCAAGCGGCCAUGGUUUGCAGGGGACAAGGUCACCUAUGUGGAUUUCCUCGCUUAUGAUAUUCUUGACCAAUACCGUAUGUUUGAGCCCAAUUGCCUGGAUGCGUUCCCAAACCUGAAAGACUUCUUGGCCCGCUUUGAGGGCCUGAAGAAGAUCUCCGCCUACAUGAAGAGUAGCCGCUUCCUGCCAAGACCUGUGUUUACUAAGAUAGCCCACUGGGGCACCGAUUAGGCCACUGCCGUGCUGGCACUCACAGGGAGGGCCAGUCCACACUGGGGCUCCUCCAGACCCUGGGGACAGCUGGCCUGCCCUACAGCCUCCCUGAUCUCACUUCCUUCUCCUUCCCACCGCCUUCUCCAGCUUUUCAGUCUCCUCAGCUCAGACCCUGGUCAAGCCCAUGCAGUCUUCAUCUUCCCACUUCCUUUCAUCAAGACCCCGUUCUCAUUGUGCCCCAACCCAACCACACAGUCCUUUUCUAUGACCUGAUGUCUGCCCUGAACUCUGCUCCCUAGACUUACCCUAAAGGUCAAUAGUGUCUCAAGAUCCCCAGGGGAGUGGCUGCCCCAGGUCUCCUCAUGCCAAUAAAG